UUAGUCUGGAUGGAAGUCAUGGACAUCACCAUCAUUUUCCCAAAUACUUGGGCUUGGACCCGACUGUACAUCAUGACUUUAUGUUGUGCACUAGCAAACCUUGCACUACAUUUUUCACUUCCUAAUGAGGCUGCCUGCAUCAUCUCCUGGAAAAAUGACUGUAGAUUCUGGGAAUAAGACAAGCGUUGAGAUUGUGUUUGUACGUGUAUGUGUAUACUACAUGUGCACGUUUCCGGUGAUGUGUGCGACCCCAUCUUUAAAAAGCUCCAUCUGGCUGAAUAGAAGGAAGUACCUUCAGCUUCCCCAGGAAAUGGGAAGAGGAAACCCGGUGGCUCCGACCCCUGUAUUAUUGCCACAAAAUGACUUGCUGAAGAGAGAGAGAGAGAGAGAGAGAGAGAGAGAGAAUGAGGGUGUCUCUCACUAGAAACAGAAACUUGCGAGGAAAUAAACGAGAAGUCCAGAGCAAAUUACGCAGAAAAACCUUUGCAGAAGAUGAUGGUUUCCCUCAGAGCUCUGAUUGCUCUGUCCUGCUGUUGGCUGUCCUGCUCAUACACGUUGGACUCUGCUGGGAGGAAUGUGUGCCACAACCCCAGGGACCCCUCCACCCUCAUAUGCUGCACUGGCUGGCGUCAGGAUGGAAAAGAGUGCACAAUACCUCUGUGUGAGGGUGAGCAGGCGUGUCUGAAGAAUGAGCUCUGUGUGUAUCCCGGAGUGUGUCGCUGCCCAGCAGGCUACUAUGGAGCCCACUGUAAAACACGUUGUCCUCCAGAGUUCUGGUCAUCAGACUGCCGACAGGUGUGCCCAUGUCACCCACAUGGUCGUUGUCACCCCAUCACUGGCGAGUGCACCUGCAACCCCAACCGCUGGGGUCCUCUGUGCCAAUACAACUGCAAAUGUACCCGCCACGGAACCUGCCACCCUGUUUAUGGAAACUGCACCUGCAAUGAGGGCUGGUGGACGUCUACGUGCGCCAAGCCGUGCCAGUGCGUCUCUGGGGGCUCCGUGGGUCCCGGCUGCGACCAGCUGACAGGCCGGUGUCAGUGCCACAGGGGUCACUGGGGGCUGAAAUGUCCCGUCACUUGCAAUUGUUACCUGUCGCAGUGCAACCAGCGCACCGGUGUGUGCGAGUGCGAGGCCGGCUGGUGGGGGCCCAGCUGUGACAGGCGGUGUAAUUGUGACCUCACACACAGUAGCUGUGACCCCGCUACUGGACAGUGCCUUUGCCAGCCGGGCUACGAGGGCGACUACUGCAACUUGCCGUGUGAACCUGGGAAGUACGGCAGCUGGUGUACAAUGAGUUGUGGUCACUGUAAAGGCAAGAAGCCCUGCUCCUCCACUGACGGUGCCUGUGCCGCCUGUGAGACCGGCUGGAACGGGACACGAUGUGACCGCUUGUGCCUGUCUGGUUACUAUGGCGACAACUGCCAGGAGACGUGCCCGCGGUGCAGAAACAAUGAGACUUGUGAGCCAAAAACUGGGAAAUGCUGGCGAUGUGAUCCAGGAUGGACAGGACCCAGGUGUGAGAAGUCCUGUCCUAACGGGACAUUUGGAGACGCCUGCCGCUUCCUGUGCAGCCCCUGUUUCCAUGGUAACUGCCAUCACGUGACAGGAAAGUGUGUCUGUCAGCCAGGCUUUCAGGGAGAGAGUUGUAACAACAGUUGCUCCGCCCUGCAGUUUGGCCUCAACUGUUCCUCCCCAUGCGACUGCGGCGAGGGGAUCGCCUGCCACCCGGUGACUGGUGUUUGCCCCAAUAGUGGUCGAGGUGCUCUCCUUGCAGGUCUGUUGGUUCCUUUGCUCGUGCUGCUCCUUGCGGUCCUGUGCUGCUGCCUGUGUUGUGGAGGGGGCCCUGCUGAUAGAAAAGACAGAAGGACUGUGGCUGACGGAGGACUGUCGGUGCGGAUGAAAUAUCACGUCUACAGCGUCCUGGCUAACAUUGGUGCCGCCCUUCCAUGCAUCUCCGAUUGGUCCUCUGGCCUCCCUCGUGUCACUGUGUCCCACCAUGACCCAGAGCUGACCUUCAACCACAGCUUCAUUGAGCCUCCCUCCUCCGGCUGGGUGACUGAGGGGUCUUCCUUUGACAGUGACGAGGAGGAUGGAGAGGCCCUUUACUGCGUCCCACCUCGAGAAGACAUCCCCGGAGUAGAGAGCAGCCACUUCCAGGAGAUGAGCUCCAAGUGUAACAUGCUCUUAGACCCGUCAGGCUUCAGCAGCGAGGACAUUGCCUCCCCCUUCAACAUCCCACGCACUUCCAGCAUCGCCAAAUCCAAGCGUCCGUCUGUCUCUUUUGCAGAGGGCACCCGCUUCAGCCCCAAGGAGAGGCGUGGUUCUGCUCAAGAUCCCGCCUCUCUGUCGGGACACCCUCGCAAAGCCAAGUCCACCUGGGGGGGUUUGAUGCAGUCAGCUCAGCCUGGCGAGGAGGACGUAGGUGAGGGUGAGUUGAGGGAAGAUGGGGUGGAUGUUCAAGUGACAGACAAUCAGGAUUUGAGCUGUGAGGUUGUAGAACAGGAAGAGGACAGAAAGUCGGCUACCCGCACUGCGUCAGGCCGAAGACGCACCAUGUCCAACACUGCGGCUCACAAAGUGGCAGCGUCUGCUUUGGAUCAUCCAUCUGCGGGCUCUAACAAGGUCACCACAGUGUACGUGACGGUGGGAAAGGCGGGUCGACCCACGUCCAAGGUGGAGGCAAGCUCAGAAGGCCCCGUUCAAGCCAUGCUGAGGCGACUUGGAAGCCUCCAAAGGCAUAGAGAGCAGGACCCUGGCAGAAGCAAACCUAAGGAAGGGGCCGAAGGGGUUGCUAAACCUCCUCGGAGGAAGCUUGGAGCUCGGAGGAAUGUGUGGGAGCAGGGUGGGCCUUCAGGAGAGGAGCUCACCAUCAGUAAACCUGUAAGGAGGAAACAAUCUUCCCACAGCGUCCCUGACAUGGCAUCGAAUAACAACAUGACGCCGUCAGAGAACAUCCCCCUGAAAAGACCACUGUCGUCCAUUUUGAAGAGCGUGCCGGAACUGCCGUCAGCUGACAGGGUUCAGGGAGAUGAGACCAGCAUGGGACAAACUUACCUGACUGUCCGGCCAGCUGGGGGCGCUGUGGUUCUCACCGAUGAAGGUGCAGUGGAAAUGGAAAGCUUAGUUUGUACUCACCAUCUGCAGCUGAGGCGUGAGAGAUGAGAGCAAAGAGCAGCGUGACCCACGGCCUCAUGAUGUUUCCUCUGCAGGACGAGAGGACAGAAUGAGAAAGUAAAGCAUGCGCCAUGUGCUCCCAAUCAUUGGAAACACGUGUCAGUCGCCCUGCUUUUUUGUUUGCUUUGCAAGCGCUCUUUCACUCGGGCAAAUAAACAGAGACAGAGAAAGGAGAUCAAUACAAGAGAAACAUUCAUGCAAGAUGUUUUUGUGCUCUUACACAAGUACACUUUGUGGGUUGUAAUAAGUUCACAAUCUAAAACAUUGACAUAUGACAAAUACUUUCUACUGAUGAGACUGGAAUGUGGCCUGCAAAGUACUCGCAUGCAACAAAACAGUGUUUGUAAGCUCAGUUUGCCAUCAGGGCCUUCUUAUAAGACACUUAAGACACUUUUAUUGUUCAUUUACUGAAAGCCUUCUAACACUUUCGACAGUCUGUUUGCUUUAAUGGGUUAGCUGUAAAGGACUAACAACAGACCCCUCAAGAUCAUUAAAACGUUUGUGUUGAUUGUCAGGUGAUAAACAAGGGCAAAUGUGCUCAUCGUUUUAUUCAUUAUUCAUUUUAUUUGAUUGUAAUUGUAAUGUUUUACUUUAUUCUAAUUGUAUUUUCAUUUUCAUUUAUAUAGUAACUGUAACUAGUAAUUGUAAUAGGUAACUAUAACUUGUAAUUGUAACUGUUACUUGUAAUUUUUUUGUUUUUUGUUUUAACUGUAUUUGGUUUCUUUAUUGAAAUCGUUAUUAUUUUUACUUUAAACUUGUGACUGGUAAUUGUAACUCUAACUGGUAACUGUUUCUUGUAUUUAUUUAUUUAUUUUAUGUAUUUAAUUUUUUUAAUUGAAAUGUUUUUAUUGUUACUUUGUACUGGUAAUUGUAACUCUUAACUAGUGCCUGUUACUUGUCAUUUUUUAAUGUUAUAUUUCAAUUUCAGAUUCAAUCAAUAUAUAUGUAUUUUAUUCAUUUUGUGAUUUUUUUUUCAUUUGAUUUAAUUAGUUUUUCAUUUUUAUUUUAUUUGUUUUUUUAAUUGUGUUCUUAUUACAUUUUUGUAACACACACACACACACACACACACACACAUGCAUACAC